CUGUGGGUUUUGUCCUUUCCCUCAUCCCUUUCCCUUUUUCUUUAAUCUCCCCCCUCCUCACCAGGUGGAUCGCAUGUCUUUUCCAUGUGGCUGUUCCCGGGAUGGUUGUGGAAACAUGGCGGGGCGUAUCGAAUUCAAUCCAAUCCGAGUCCGGACUCAUUACCUCCACACCAUAAUGAAACUGGAGCUGGAGAACAAGCAACAGGUGAGCCGCCCAGCAGCCCCAGAAGAGGAGCUCCUGACGGUGGCCAGUGCUGACCUCCCAGGAACUCACGACUCAGAGACCCAGGACUUUCAGGAGUUCAUUGCUGAAAAUGAGACGGCUGUGAUGCACCUGCAGAGCGCCGAGGAGCUGGAGAGACUUAAAGCUGAAGACUCCAGCGGCUCCAGUGCCAGCUUGGACUCCAGCAUCGAGAGCCACCUGGGUGUUUGCAUCUUGGAAGAGCCCCUUUCAGUUCCUGAAGAGCUGUGCCCAGGACUUACUGCCCCCAUCCUCAUCCAAGCCCAGCUUCCCUCAGGCUCUUCAGUUUUAUGCUUUGCUGAGAACUCUGAGCACCCAGCUGCCCCAACAGUGAAUGAACCCUCUUACUUGAACAGUAGCCCUGUGGUCUAUUACCAGGUGGAGCAAAGGUCAGUCUUGGGGAUGAAGGAAGAACCUAAUUCAGAAACAUCUGAAAUCCCCCCUUCGUUUCCCAUAGAAAAGGAUUUGAGUGUCUUUUCUCUUCCUGCUACCUCAUUGGUGGCCUGUAGCCCCACAGACCCAGCUGCCCUCAGUAAACCAGAGGUGGGGAAAUCGCCCACUUCAGAAUCCUUACUGCCAGAAAGCUGUAACCCCGAAGGGCCUGAAUGUGAUGAUUUCCGUCCUACCUGGUCCCCACCAAACCUUCCAUUCCACACAGACAGUGAGGAAGGCUGUGGGAUAGAGCAAACCUCAGGUGGGGUCUGUGAUCAGGACCAGCUUCCUAAGGACUCCUCUCUGGCACUCCCUCUGCCAGUGUGACCUGAGGAACACUGCCCCUCUCCCAAUCUCUAUUUAUUCACUUAUUUUAUCUAAUACUAUUUUAAAACAAAACUGAAAGAAGCCAC